UGUCAGUUUCGGUCCUCCUGAGCCAUCAGAAAAAUUCAGAUCGCCACGAGCGUCGAGGUGCCUUGCAGCAGUUGAAGCUCUCUCUCUCUCUCUCUCUCUCGCUAUGUCGCGUGCUUCAGGUCCUCGAUCAGGCGACGCGAUCUUCGCCAGUGUCGAGCGAGUGAAUGCGGAGCUGUUUACGUUGACGUACGGAGCAAUCGUGCGCCAGUUGCUCACAGAUCUGGAGGAGGUAGAGGAAGUCAACAAACAGCUCGAUCAAAUGGGUUAUAACAUUGGAAUACGACUCAUUGACGAAUUUCUAGCUAAAUCUAAUGUUAGCAGAUGUGUUGACUUUAAGGAGACAGCAGAUAUGAUUGCAAAGGUGGGUUUUAAAAUGUUCCUGGGAGUUACUGCCUCUGUGACCAAUUGGGAUGCCGAUGGUACCUGUUGCAGUAUUGUUUUGGAGGACAACCCCUUGGUUGACUUUGUCGAACUUCCGGAUACAUGUCAAGGUCUAUAUUAUUGCAACAUCUUGAGUGGGGUCAUAAGAGGAGCUUUGGAGAUGGUUUCAAUGAAGACGGAAGUGACAUGGACUCGCGAUAUGCUUCGAGGGGAUGAUGCAUUUGAGUUACAAGUGAAACUCCUGAAGCAAGUUCCCGAAGAGUACCCAUACAAAGAUGACGACUGAUAUGGAUGAUACUCUGCCGCCCGACCGUUGUCCAAUUGCUCUGUUCAUAGAUGGUAGCAUGCUAAAACCGUUUUCUUCUUGGGAGUUUGCAUACUUUCUUUCCUUCAGCGCUUUCUUUUCUUUUCCGUUGUGGUGAGCUUUGCUGGGCUGUACUUCAAGGGGGAUGACUCACAUCUAGUCUCCGGGAUACAGGGUGGUAGCUGUGAAAAAGCAAAUAAAUAGGUUUCCAAGUGUUAUUGAGAGGAUCGAAGUAAUACAGUUUAACAAUGAA